AUGUUCUCUCUCAACAUCAAAACAGAGACCUCGCCGUUCUCCGCAGCUGCCGCACCAGCACCCGAAGCGGAUGCCAGCGAGGCGCCAUUGGCGACCAUUGACGUGGACGAAGGCGACUCCUUUGAAAGCACGCCCUCGACGAACAGCAGCAGUGGUCAGGGCGGCCGCCAUCGUUGCCAGCAUGUCCCCCGGCUGCCACAGACACCACCAAGUCCUGAGACACCGAUCAAGUUUGACCAUGGUGCGUACCCGCACUGCCCCAUCUUCAUCCCCUCCAAAGGUCGCUCUGACCUGGACCGCAGCACCAUGGCGGUGCUCGUCCGUGACCUCGUCCCGUUUGUGCUCGUCGUCGAGCGGGAGGAAGUCGAGGGGUACAGCGCGCUGCUGGACCGCCUCGUUGGCCUUUACUUUGGCUUCUCAGAUAUGACAUUUGCUUCGAAAGUGGACGACGGCACGGAAGGGGCAACCAAGACGGAGGCAGAGGAUGUCGCGCCGUUCCACACCGCCCCGGCAGACCUCUGGGAGUUCUCGUGCGCCUGCUGCGACGGCAGCCCUGGCGUCGUUGGGUCACCGUCGUCGUCCACUACGCCCAGCCUCUCGGCAGAUGCCUUGCGCGCGUUGGCGUUGCGACUUUCAGCUGCGUUUCACCAUGGCUACGUGUUCGAACCACCAACGAAUGUGGCAGCCGGUGGCCAAGACAGCAUUGACGAGUCAAAAAAUAGCUCACCACCUGUGUCGACUAGUCCAACAGCGCCAUCAGCAGCCGGUAGAGGUGCAUGGCGCCCCUCUGAGGCCUUUGUUCUGCGCAACGUGAACGAGGUACGCGCGCUCUUCAUGAUCGAAGUGCUGCCGGAGUCCAACCGUGGGGUCUCCUACGUGCGCAACUACAUCCUCCAGGUUCUCGUGCCAAGGCUAAUGGUGGCCUGCGGUGUAGAUCGGUCGGGGAAUCUGGAGGAACUGUGCCUGUAUGGACCGGGAGAGCACAGCACGCUGACACCGGCGGCGCUGCGGAUGGCCACACUGGAACCGAGCGUCUACAGUGCCCUCGAGACCAAGUCAGGGACUGAGUCUUAUCUGGACGUUCGGCGGGCGAGCACAAUCACGAGUCCGGUAACGGCAAGUACUGGAAGCACCGCAGGCACCGUAGAUGGCGGUCUGGCGUCGUCGGUGGUAGGGCAAAGCGACCCAGCCGGACAAACCCUCGCGCCUGCGUUGCGCUCGUCAACGCCGUCCUCCACUUCGGCCGGGACUCGCGGCACCCCUCGCAUCCUGCACGGCUUCUUCGGCUUCUACUGGGUUCUCGACGAUGACAUCUACGGCUUUUACCAGUCGCACGGCUCCAGCACCAAAAACGAGCGCAUCAGUGCACGGGCAAUGAUGAGAGAGGUGGAGGGACGGCUGCGGCAGCUGCGGCGUAACGCCGAUGCGGCCUCGCCACCACCACCUCCAGUACCGCCCGCAGGCUUUCAGAUAUCGCCAACCCCCAGCAGCAGCAGCAGCGCAACAGCGUCCCCGUAUUUCUUGUCACACCAACAGCAACAGCAACCCUUUGUGUUCACGUGCAAGGAGGAUGCCCUGCAGAACAACUUCAUUACUGGCGGAAAAGGACGGCUACCGACGCUGCACAACUACAACCUUUACUACACCACCGCCUGUUUUUCGCUCGAGUACAACCGCUUCGCCCUCGAUACGGCGCCGGACAUGCUGUCGGUGAACUCCUACAACAACAUUGCGUGUCUCUUCAACUAUGCGUUGCUGCACAACCCGCCGCAGAUGCGCUUCUUCCCCUCUGGUGUACCGCACGUGCGGCGCCCCGAAGAAGCGCUGGUCGGCUACCUCGACCACAGCAUGCUCUGGUACCGCUUCGCCGUACGCGAGGAUUACGACUUCACUCUUCAGCUCAUCGCACGUGGACUCUACACACUGCGCUUCCGAAGCAUUGCCUUCGAUGUGCCGCAGAUGAUGAAAGUUCGUGGCGGUAUGACGGACUACUACCGCAACUGCCACGAAGAGAUACGGCAGCAGAACAAUCGCUUUGUGCUGCAGUGGUCCUCCGUGGCACAGCACUGGGUGAAAGGGAAGGAGGGCAACCGUCGAGACGACAUACGUGUGCGAUGGGACCUACUGAGUCCAGCCCGCGCCAAGUACCCCGGCGCCUUCUUGUACCUGAGCACCCCACUGCCACAGCUGCAGCCGCAACGCUUGAGUGACGACGGCAGCAGCGGCAACGGCAGUGUAGCCAGCAGCAGUGACAGUGCCACUACUGCAACCAAUGUGGAAGGCUCGGAAGCGCAGGCGCGCAAGCGUCUGCGGCCCCCGUCCCCGACUCCCCCCACAGGUGAAUCGUCACCUGCACCUUCAGGCCGUCGCCUCGAUGUCGCGGCCGCCGCAGCCUCUGCGUCCGUCGUGUCGUCCACCGCUGCCCGUGACUGGAAAGGCGGUUAUGUAGUCGAGCGGUGGCGCGAUAUCUCACAUGAGGAGGCAUGGCAACACGCCGGCCUCGUCGCCCUCUCCAACGACGACAUCCACAUUGGCCGGACUGUCGCCGUCAUACCGCCUUUCUUCGAUCAGAAACCAUCUGUCGUGCGCGCGACGGUAAUUGAGCGGGCUGUCGAGCCAACAGAUUCUCAUGCCAGCAGCGGUCGCGUUGGAAACGCCAGCACGGUGGAGAGAAGCGAUGUCAAGCCGCCCCCGCCGCCGCGCGUGGUCUGGACGGUGGUGGCACAGGACGUUCGCGGCAUGCCCUUCUUGCACGUCGACACGUGCUUUGAGGUACCUGCGAAGGGCAUUGAGGGGGCCAUCGCGAGUAUUGAUCAGUUCUUCGCAAAGAUGACAGACGAAUUUGGCGCCUAA